CACGAAGGGACGACAACUGCCGCCACCCCUAUCUGUCCUUGGCUCUCUAUGAUGCAGUCGGCUGGUCGCUUUCAGUCACCCAACAAUUCGUCUCAUUUCUGAAUACUUUGUCUUUCCGUCUUUCGGAUGCAACUCUAGUGACGACAAUCAUACAGUGUUCCGAGUGCUACUAUGAUACGCAGGAUUCAUUCCCCACCUGAAUCAAAAGAUGACGCACAAGAUCCAAAGACGUGGAGGAAGUUUGACACUACUACGCCCUUGUGCGAGUUGAUGACGCCUAUGUCCUGGCGUCAAGUAUCCUUUUCCACAGAGCUAUUAGAGACUCUCAGGAAUAUCCAACGGUACUUUUCAGUCCUGGUUGGAUGGGAGGACAAACUUGAUGAACCAAUGGAUUCAAGCGAGUCAGUGGACCCCAAAGCUACUGCUGAAUUCUGGACGGAUAUAUUUGGUGGCGGCAAUUUUAAGAAUUUUAUAGGGGAGAUGGCCUUCUUCGACGAGCUACCUUCAAUAUUCAAGGCGGAAGUCAGUGAUGAGUCCCAUUUAGAGACAGACAGCGACAUUGGGGCGCUCUCGAAAGCAAGUAAAACAGAGCGGGAGCAACGCAUUGAGGGAUUGGUCACAUUCCUGACGCAGAUCGAUGAUCCGGAGCUCGAUUCUGAUCCCGAACACUUUGCUUUUGACCGCACGGAACUGUGGGGGAAGGCAAUAGAGUUGAUGUCGGCACCAUUCGCUACAGAGUUUCUUCAAGCCAUUGCUGCCACCUACCAAGGAUGGAAACUUGGCUCCCGAAGGCGGGGCGUUGAGUUUGAUAGACACGAAAUUCUGUGCAAGGUAGAAGAAAUCAAGCUCCUUUACGAAGUGCUUGCUGGGGCAGACGACGAGAACGAACGGCGGACACUUAGAGAAGACGUUACAGGAAAAAUCCUACUAACGUGUUGGGGUGGAAUUGCCAUUGAGAUCAAGCAAAUUGUAGAAGAGGUGGCUGACCGCUUCGUGAACGAUGAAGCAGUGGAUCAAGACGUACAAAUGGCUCGAGCACAUCGCAUUUCCAACAUCGGCAAGAUCUUCAUGGAAGCAGUUGGUUAUGUACCAGAUGAUGGUCUGGACUCGCUUCGACGAUGGUGUCUCUAAAUAUCAACUGCUACUCGCUGAACGGGCUGAACGGGUCGCCCAGA